AAAACACUGACGCCGCAACCAUAAUGCUAUGAGCCGCCGGACAUCUGGCAGAUGUAAGAGGUUGCUGAAUCUGAAGUUACCCAAAUAGACAAACACGGCUGUUAAGAAGGAAACGUCUCGGAGCAGGGGUACGGCACGUUGAAACUUCAUUCAAGACACAACAACAAACGAAGAUGAACAGGAAGAAGGAUAAAGGAUUUGAAAGCCCGCGCCCCUUUAAAUUGACCCACCAGAUGGUGUGCAUCAACAACAUCAACUUCCAGAGGAAGUCUGUCAUCGGUUAUGUUGAACUGACUAUAUUCCCCACAGUGGUCAACCUGAACAGGAUCAAGCUUAACAGCAAACAGUGCCGCAUUUACAGGGUUCGAGUCAAUGAACUUGAAGCCCCAUUCAUUUACAAUGACCCCACGCUGGAGGUGUGCCACCAUGAGUCAAAGCAGAGAAACCUCAACUAUUUCUCUAGUGCCUAUACAGCAGCAGUGAGUGCUGUGGACCCUGAUGCAGGACAUGGGGAGCUGGUCAUCAAAGUUCCCUCUGAACUCUGGAAACAAGGAGAUGAUUUGAAAGUUUUAAAGGUGUACAUAGAAUUUUCCCUGGACCAGCCAAAAGGGGGUCUCCACUUUGUUGUUCCUGAUGUGGAGGGCAGCAUGGCGGAGAGAGGAGCUCAUGUGUUUUCCUUUGGAUACCAGAACUCUACCAGAUUCUGGUUCCCCUGCGUGGAUUCUUACUCAGAGCUGUGUACAUGGAAGCUGGAGUUUACCGUGGAUGCUUCCAUGGUGGCAGUGUCCUGUGGUGAUCUGGUGGAGACCAUCUACACCCAUGACAUGAGGAAGAAGACUUUCCACUAUGUCCUCCCAAUUCCAACAGCAGCCCCUAACAUCUCUCUUGCUGUGGGGCCCUUUGAAAUCCUUGUAGACCCCUACAUGCAUGAGGUGACCCAUUUCUGCCUGCCACAGCUGCUGCCACUGCUCAAACACUCCAUGUCUUAUCUGCACGAGAUAUUCGAGUUCUAUGAAGAGAUCCUGACAUGCCGCUACCCUUAUUCCUGUUUUAAGACUGUGUUUGUGGACGAGGCCUAUGUACAAGUGUCCUCCUAUGCAUCCAUGAGCAUCUUUAGUACCAACCUGCUUCACAGUGCUAUGAUAAUAGACCAGACACCACAGACUCGCCGCUGUCUGGCCCAGGCCUUGGCUCAGCAGUUCUUUGGCUGUUUCAUUUCCAGGAUGUCAUGGGCGGAUGAAUGGGUGUUGAAGGGAAUCUCAGGUUACAUCUACGGCCUCUACCUGAAGAAAACCUUUGGAGUCAAUGAGUAUCGGCAUUGGAUAAAAGAGGAGCUGGAUAAGAUUGUGGAGUAUGAACUAAAGAUGGGAGGGGUUCUGUUGCACCCAACCUUCAGUGGAGGCAAAGAGAAAGACAAUCCAACUCCACACCUUCACUUCUCCAUCAAGCACCCACACACAUUGUCCUGGGAGUACUACAAGAUGUUUCAGUGUAAGGCCCACCUGGUGAUGAGAUUGAUAGAAAACAGGAUAAGCAUGGAGUUCAUGUUGCAGGUUUUCAACAAGCUCCUGAGUCUGGCUAGUACAGCCUCAUCCCAGAAAUACCAGAGUCACAUGUGGAGCCAGAUGCUUCUGUCCACUCACGCUUUCCUCAAAUCCAUCUCCAACGUUUCUGGCAAAGACAUAGGCCCGCUCAUCAAACAAUGGGUAGAUCAGAGUGGUGUGGUGAAAUUCUUUGGAAGUUUUGCCUUUAACAGGAAGAGGAACGUGCUAGAGCUAGAGAUCCGUCAGGACUACACAUCAUCUGGAACUCAGAAAUAUGUGGGUCCCAUCAAGGUGACAGUGCAGGAGCUGGAUGGGUCCUUCAAUCAUACACUGCAGAUAGAGGAGAACAGCCUCAAACAUGACAUCCCCUGCCACUCCAAGAGCAGACGAAACAAGAAAAAGAAGAUCCCACUAAUGAACGGAGAGGAGGUUGACAUGGAUUUGACAGCCAUGGAUGCUGAUUCUCCUCUCCUCUGGAUCCGGAUUGACCCAGACAUGUCCAUUCUGAGGAAGGUGGAGUUUGAGCAGGCUGACUUCAUGUGGCAGUAUCAGCUGCGCUAUGAGAGGGAUGUAGUUGCACAGGAGGAGGCUAUCUCAGCGCUGGAAAAGUUCCCAACCCCCGCCUCCAGACUGGCUCUGACUGACAUCCUAGAGCAAGAACAAUGUUUCUACAAAGUCCGGAUGCAGGCCUGCUUCUGUUUGGCCAGGAUAGCCAAUGCCAUGGUGAGCACAUGGCAGGGCCCGCCAGCUAUGAAGUCCCUGUUCACCAGAAUGUUCUGCUGUAAAAGCUGUCCCAACAUUGUCAAGACCAACAACUUCAUCAACUUCCAGAGCUACUUCCUGCAAAAGACAAUGCCAGUGGCCAUGGCGUUACUCAGAGAUGUCCAGAACCUCUGUCCCAAAGAUGUCCUCAACUUUAUACUUGACCUCAUCAAGUAUAACGACAACAGAAAAAACAAAUUUUCAGAUAACUACUACCGUGCAGAUCUGAUUGAAGCACUGACCAACUCUCUGACCCCAGCCAUCAGCAUCAACAAUGAGGUGCGGACAGUGGACAAUUUAAAUGCUGACGUCCGUCUCAUCUUGGAGGAGAUCACCCGAUUCCUCAACAUGGAGAAACUCCUGCCUAGCUUCAGAAACACCAUCACUGUCAGCUGUCUGAGAGCAAUUCGUCAGCUUCAGAAGAAUGGCCAUAUUCCCAGCGACCCAUCACUCUUCAAGUCCUAUGCUCAGUAUGGACACUUUGUAGACGUUCGCAUUGCUGCACUGGAGGCUCUGGUGGACUAUACAAGAGUUGAAAGAAGUACAGCAGACCUGCAGUGGCUGCUCAUCAUGGUCCAGAAUGACCCAGCUCUUUAUGUCAGACAUAAGAUCCUGGGUAUGCUAUGUAAGAAUCCACCUUUCACAAAGACAACAGACUCUGCUCUCUGUAAUGAAGCGCUGGUCGACCAACUCUGGAAGCUCAUGAACUCAGGUACCUCACAUGACUGGCGGCUACGCUGUGACGCUGUGAACCUCUACUACACUUUGUUUGGUCUGACCCGGCCUUCUUGCCUGCCACUGCCAGAACUGGGCCUCGUGCUCAACCUGAAGGAGAAGAAAGCUGUGCUUAACCCAACCAUCAAGCCUGAACUAGGGGUUAGCGCUGUUAUGGACACGCCUGCCAGUAUAGGUAUCCAUGGUGUCGGCAUGAGUUACACAGCUGUAGAUGAAGAGCCAGAUCCUAUUUCAUUAGGGGUAUGUGGGGUCGGCCAGCCACCUCAGGGCCUGAAGAGGAAGGCUGAGACCCCACUGGACUCCCCUCCAGAGCCUGGACAGGUACUGCAGCAACAGGAUGAUGAUGGAAGAGGAGGGCGCUACAAGAUCAGGUUUAACACCAUGGAAGAUGAAGAUAUUGAUAUGGAGACUGUUCAUGAUAGUCAGGCCUUCAUUCACCAUCAUCUCAAUCUGUUAGAGAGACCCUCUACACCAGGUAAAGAGCCACCGUCAGUUGAACAGUCCAUGCUCUCCAUGCCUGCCAUGCCGCUGCCAUCCUUCUCCAAAGAGACCACCUCUUCGUCCUCCAAACACGGGACUGAGCACAGCCACCACCAUCACCACCACCACCACGAGCACAAGAAGAAGAAGAAAAAGCACAAGCACAAGCACAAGCACAAGCACAAGCACGAAACCAAGGACAAGGAGAAGGAGAGAGAGAGGGACAACUCCCACACCUACAGUAACAGCCCAGCCAGUGGCAGAUCCCUACGCUCACCAUCUCUGUCUGACUAAGCAUCUGGAGAGAAGUUUGGUUUUCCAACUGCUAUUGGCUCAGUCAGGGUUAACUGGAUACAUCCAUUUUGCAGUAGCAAGCUUUGAUCGCUGUGAGUACAGUGACACAAAAUGGAAGCAAAGCACGAUCAGUUUAACUAAAUAUUCAUUACACAGUACUGAAUGAAUGAGGAAGACUGAUUUGGACAAAAUGUUCAAUUAUGGCGUUCAAGUGUUAUAACCCUUAGAUAAAUGGAAACACUGAGUUCCUCAACAGAAACAGCAAUGUUUGACUCUUAAGAGGAAACAUAGAGUGCAGUGUCAUUAAGGUAAACCCUCCAGAGGUGUCCCUGUGUCCUCACACCACACACACACACACACACACACACAGCCUGCAGGAGUUUGUGGACUUGUAACAUUGCUUCCAGGCUGUCUGGGGCAUGCAACCACAUAUACCUUUCUCCACAAAUAGUCAAAUACAGUCUUAGCUGACCUCAUACACCCACCCUUCCUACAUAGACACCACUCUGGUGUGCCUCAUCCCCACAGCUCAAUCCCAACAUUCAGUGAGCGGCUUCUGAGGCAAAACAAGAUUGAUCGUGGUGUGGAUUUAAGCAUUCUGUCUGGACUGGGCCUCCAGUGUCUUUAACAUCCUGCAAAUAACAUUUACCUGUCUGCUCACAGAUGAAAAUUAAACAGAGGAAUUUAAGUGUGCUGUACAAUUAAAACUCAAGUAAUACUAGUGUUUUUAAAAAAACACUUUUUGUUUCCCAACUGUCAUCAUUGAUUAAAGAUGCUUUUAUAUUCAUGAAUGUUUUGACUAGAUUGAAUCCAGCUCCACAAAGGCAUUUAUGGCUGGGUUUACUCUGGCACUGUUUCUCAGGGCUGAUUAUGUGGUUUUAAACAAUGAAAAGAACAUGCAAUCAGUAUUCAGAAUAUAUACAGAAAAAAAAGGGUAUUCUUACAUAAUCAGCCUUCCAAUUUCAUCUUCUUUUUCCCUAAAUAAGACAAAUAAAAUCUUAUCAUUCAUGUAAAGAUUCUUGACACUGGUUAAGUAGUCCCUGUCAGGAUUUAUUCCCAUUUAGUUCAUGUGAAUUUCCCAUUUAGUACUUGAGAAAGUGACUGUGGAAAUGUGGAGGAAAGAGAGAUAACAGUUUAAAGUAGAAUUCAGAGGCUUUAUGGAAAAUUAAGGAUGCAACUUAAUUUAGCCUCAUAUUUUCUACAUUGUAAUUUCCGUGUAACACUUUUUGAUUUAUUCUUAAAAUAAACUGGAUAAAAUUACCCUUUUUACAUCUGUUGUUACUCUUUGUGUUUUGUUUUUAUUCUUUAGAUUAAAAAAGAUCACUGACAACAGUAAAACCUUAGUCAGCAAGUCCAAUGACAGAGAACAAUGUCUCAGUAAGACCUCCUACCGCUUAUUCUUCCCAGUGGUACUCUUUACAACUCGAAGAUAUCAUUGGACAAGACAGCAUUGUAAAGCCAGACCCUCCCACCAGGAUUCCAGCCUUGUACCUUCACCAGA